CGGCCAACAUACACAAUCGACCUCGUAUCUUGGACCUUGCCUGUUUCUCUCGGUUUGGUCGACUCUGCCUUCUGACUCUCCAGUGGCCCUGACACGGGAGUAUCCUACCACCGCAGAGCGUGAGAAGCAUAAAAAACACCGGAUCUUGUAUCAGUCCCAACGUCAUGGUGGGGAAGAGAGUUUGUGUGAUCGGCGCUGGCGUCAGUGGGUUGGCGUCCGCCGUGUGUGUCCAGCGUCAGUGUCCCAACGUUGAGGUCACUCUCGUGGCAGACGUGUUUUCACCCAAAACAACGUCGGACGUGUCUGGUGGGUUUUGGGAGCCAUAUUGUCUCGGGGAUACCCCUAAAGACCUCAUCAAAACAUGGAGCUCUGUGACGUGGGAUUAUCUCCUCAGUAUAUACAACUCUCCGGUCGCCCAAAGGGUUGGGUGUCAGCUGAUGUCGGGCUUCACACUGACUGACGGAGACUGUCCCGAUCCAGAUUUCAAAGAUCAAGUGUUUGGCUUCCGCCAGCUCACCGCUGAUGAGCUAAAACAGUUUCCAAUGGCAAGAAAUGGCAGCUUCCAUACGAGCGUGCAGAUUGAUGUCGAGCUGUACCUACAGUGGUUGAUGGAGAGGUUCACGCGUCAAGGUGGCAGAGUUCAGCAAAGAAAAGUAGAGUCUCUGGAGGAGAUGUCCGGCCAGUAUGACGUCGUGGUCAACUGUACAGGGAUGGGCUCCUGUACUCUCAUGCGGGACACGUCUCUCAAGCCAGUGCGAGGCCAAGUGCUGCGGAUGCAAGCUCCGUGGGUGAAACAUUUUUACCUCUUUAUAUCCAGCAAGGCUGCUGCAACCUACAUGUUUCCUUCCUGUCGCAGCCUUGUAGUCGGAGGAGUGGCACAAGAGGGGAACUGGAAUGAAGACGUGGAUGAGGCAGAUUCUCGGGACAUACACGAGAGGGCGCUCUUAUUAAUGCCCAGCCUCAAGGGAGUGAAGAUCGAGUCUGUGCGGACAGGUCUUAGGCCUGCAAGGACACAAGUUCGACUGGAGGCACAACAUCUGAAGAUGAGAUCAGGGGAGACACUACCAGUUGUACACAACUACGGCCACGGGGGUGCUGGGGUUACACUGCACUGGGGAUGUGCCCAACAUACGGCACGACUUGUCAAGGAAGCGCUGACAGCAAGCAAACUGUGACCAUAUUCCAAUUCACACUGAGAACAAGUUCAGAUUUGAAAUAUGAAUUUAUGUUUUUGUCACUAUCAAACGCACGCCUCAAUUGGAAGGAGUGUCCGGAACAGGACAAUAUAUUAUUCAUUAAAAAUGCGUUGAACCAGCAUUAUUUAGAGUCCACAGUCCACAAUGGACACUUAUAAUCCACACUUUGACAACAUGUCAAGUUAAUUUUGGAGGAUAGCCCAAAGAGCUAAUUUAUUAAAAGUAUUGAAAAUCAAAAUGAAAUUGAAGUUAUGGCAAGGUAGACAUGGCUUCGUCUUGA